GAACAUAUGAGCUUGUCUAUGCUGGAUCCAAUGUGGCCGCUCAUCAGCAAGCGUCAAGAAUAGUCAAGUUAUGGCGUUUUGUGAAAGACGUUGAUUGUUUUUAAUUUUACAAGUGUUGUUUAAUGUCAGUGUAACUUUUAUAACUUAAACUUAAUAUGAGUAGAUAUUACGAUUAUAGUAGCGCGAUAGCAUGUUGACAUGAAAAAAGUUGGUCGUCAACAAUGGUUAAAACACGGUCUUCAGCGAGGGUAGUCAACGCUGCCCAGAGUGCACCAGCCACAAAUGGAAACUCCUCUGAAAUAAGAACCAAAAAUAAGGUCUAUUCUAGGAACAACCAGGGGAUACAGUCUGGUGCAACGGGCACAAACUCCCAAGGCAAAGAUCCACUGGCGCCCGCGCUCCAGGGCUCCCGCAACAUGUACCAACACCCAGUGGUCAGUGGGUACAGUAUAGUCAAUAAUCCACAGGAUUCCAGGUCACAGACACUACCAGUCACGGGCCACCAGAACCCGAUGUACGCGAGUAGCAUGUACCACGGGUACGGUGGGUCGGGUGGCGCCACCCUUGCACCGAUGCCCUCCCCCUCGCCCUCCGCGCAGAUACCGCCGCCCUUCCCUGUGCAUCCGGAUGUUAAGUUCAAGAAGCUACCAUUCUAUGAUGUGUUGGCGGAACUCAUGAAGCCCUCUACCAUGAUGCCGAUGCAGGCGGGUCGUAUGCAAGAAGGCACCUUCAUAUUCCACCUCACACCACAACAAGCCACCGAAAUCGCUUCAGGGAAAGACGUCGUUGGAACUAGUAAUAAACUGGAUUAUGUUAUUCAGGCGCAGCUACGAUUUUGCCUAUUAGAAACUUCAUGUGAACAAGAAGAUUACUUCCCACCUAGUGUUAAUGUUAAAGUAAACAAUAAAAUGUGUCCACUACCAAAUCCAAUCCCCACGAACAAACCCACACCAGAACCAAAGCGACCUCCCCGGCCAGUCAAUAUCUCGUCUCUCGUCAAACUGUCACCAACUGUAGCGAACACGAUACACGUGUCGUGGGCGGCUGACUUCACGAGAGCUUAUGUACUCAGCGUGUUUAUGGUUAAGAAGCUAACGUCAGCAGAAUUGUUGCAGCGGUUAAAGAAUAAGGGGACAAAGAAUCCAGAUUACACUAGAUCACUCAUCAAAGAGAAGCUUUCGGAGGACUACGACAGCGAGAUAGCGACGACGUCCCUCCGCGUCUCGCUGAUGUGUCCGCUGGGCAAGAUGCGCAUGUCGUGCCCGUGCCGGCCCGCGAACUGCCCGCACCUGCAGUGCUUCGACGCGUCGCUGUUCCUGCAGAUGAACGAGAGGAAACCCACGUGGCUGUGCCCCGUGUGCGACCGCCCGGCGCCUUAUGAUUCCCUGGUAGUAGAUGGGUACUUCCAAGAGGUGUUAACGUCGCCGCGGCUGGCGGGCGACUGCAACGAGAUCCAGCUGCACGCGGACGGCAGCUGGUCGGCGCACGCGCCGCCGCCGCGCGUGCCGCAGGUGGCGCCCGCCGCCGAGCCCGUCACGCUCAUACCGGAUGAUCUAGAAGUGAUACCACUGGACAGUAAUGGAGCCAAGAAGGCGGCGGUCGGUGAAAACCGAACGCCCAAAUCUACAGAAGUAUUGGUUGAUCUCACGUCGGACUCGGAGGAUGAGUUGCCACUGAAGAGGAAGACACCUGCGCCCAAGUCUUCACCAGCAGCACCCGUCACACCCAAAGAAGAGAGCUAUUCCUCAAAUGCAGCUGAAGCGGUGUCAUCAAGCGGCUACCGGUCGCCGAGCGGCGCGUGCGGCGUCAUCUCGCUGGACAGCCCCUCGCCCCCCGCGCCGCCGUCGCCCCGCGCGUCUCUCGCGCACGCCGCGCACCCGCCGCACGCUGCGCACCCCCCGCACCCCGCGCACCCCACGCACCCGCCCGACGAGCCCGACAAGCAGACUGAACACUGUACAAGUAAUAGUGCCAGUGAGGAGAACGAAACAUCACCGUCACAUUGGGCUCCAUACGCCGACUCUGCGCGGGAUUCGCACGAUUAUAGAAGGUACUGACUGAGGGAGAAGAGUGGCCGGCCGGCGUACGCCAGCGGCCAUUCUUCUGAAGACGAGGAAUCUACAUACGCGGAAGUGCCCGUUAUUCAUCCAUAAGAAUACAAGCUAUCGAUCUAUUCAGUGUUAAAAACAUAAAUAAGGAUUUUUAAAUUUAAUAAAUUUCAUUUCCACGGCUCAAGUUUUGGUACAAUGCAAUUUUGGCGUGACCUUCCAACACGUUAUUUCAAUUGUAAUUUAAAUACUGACUAGUGUAACAAACUAUCUAGCGUAGCGGACAUUUUAAAUAUUCCACAGUAAAGCUAAGUAUUUCUACAUUGCGAAAAUUGUCGUACAAUAAUAUAUGUAUUUACAAACACUCGUUUUUAUUACAUGUCGAUUAGUGGACUUCCAAGAAAUCUCACAGAAUGCUAGUAAAUUAACGGUUAGAUAGUAAAUAAUUACGAUUAGCUUUUGUUACCUGAUAUUAUUUAAAUCUAAAUAAGUCCGAUACAAUCAUUGUGUAUGUAUGCCUGUACAAUCUCCAGUGAAAAGGUGUGAAAACCAAAUAUGUAAUGUAUGAAUAAUUCUAUUUCCAAACCAUUGUUUAUUAGACUUCAAUUAUACAACAGUUCGUGAUUGACCAUUGAUCCAUAACUCUCCUGUAACAGCUAUUAAAAACAUAAAUAUAUUUUUUAUCCUUCAAUGUAUAUUUAUUAAAACCACUAAAUGACAACAAAUUUAAAUGUCCUCAACACUUAUAAAGCGCAUCAUAAUAGAAUGUGAUUUUUUAAGUGUACCUAUUGUGAGUUUCAAUGUCAAAAAUUGUAAUUGAAAGGUAGUAAGACAAGUUAAAAUAUUGAAUGUAUCGCCUAAAGAAAAGUUUGAAAUAUUUAUUUGUAUCUGAAAUUAAGAAGUAGCGUAUAAUUUGACUGUAAUGCAAUGUUUGUGAUGGCGCUGAUUUACAGUGCUAUUACACUUUCAAAAUUUAAUGUUUAUAACUAAGAUUAUAUUAUAAGGUAGAUACAAUAAAUGUAAAUAUGAUAAUAUU